AUGAUACAGAGUAACGCUGAAACUGAAACCCGGACUGGCGACAGAGCCUUUGACUUCCCCAUUGACUUGGUUGAAUUGUCGAAACAGCAUGUUGGAUUCCUUCAGACUCUUCAUCAACUAGGAGUCACCAUUCGACGACCUUCUCCUAAGUCACUUCAGCGCUACCGUGACUUGUGGCUACCUUUGAUUUACGCCAAUCGUCGGGAAACGCUCGUGCCACCGGCCGACUGUGCGUGGCUCUGGCAUUGUCACCGACUUGCGCCAUUCCGUUAUACAUCGUAUCUGAGGCGUGAAUUCGGCGAAGACUGCCAAAUGCUUGAAGCCAAUCCACCUUUUUGUUUUCAAUGGAACAACGAUGAAGUGUACGGAGGAAGCCUUAAUGUGACUGACGACGACAUGAACCUUGCCGCUGAGAGAACUAGAUCCCUUUGGAACCAACAGUAUCCGGGGGAGAGGUUCCACCUUCAAAUGGAUGAAUCUGAUUCGAGAACAAUCCUAUCCAUCGCUGAAGAAAAGAUCGAUGAUAGAGAUCUCUCCUUGAAUGGUUUUGACCUCUUGGGUUCUACCGAUCGCCAAGCGACUUUUCUGUGGCAAGUCUCGGGUCCACGCUUUGCUAAUGACGAUUUCCUCAAGGAGGGAGCCCUACAAUACUACAAGUUUCUGAAACUCCGCAAAAAGGCAGAGAAGUCUAACAUUGUACUUGUUCCCACAUAUCAGAUCGAUCUCAUGUGGCAUACUCACAUUCUAUCUAGUCUGACUGGAUACUUUGUGGACUGUAAGGCCAUAAUUGGAACUACAUUGAACCACGACGACAGUUUGAAUGAUCGAACGGAUGAUGGUCCAUUGGAUCGAGCUUUCAAAGAUACUAAAGCUCUAUGGAAGAAAAAUUACGAAGAAGACUAUUUUGUAAAGGGAGGAAUGUAUCGUGGUGAACCACCGAAGGAAUACUACAAUAUUUCGUGGUGUAGCAGAGUCAGCAACGAAGAAGCACAGAUUCCUCUGGGACCAUUUCUGCACUUGAUUGACCUACAGGGCGCAUCGUCUACAAACCCGACUGGUGGUGCUUACGACUUGGACAUUGUGUGGGCAUGGAAGGAAACAGCAUCGCAAAUGUCAAAACAUCCUGCGAGUUCCGUUGCUGGUGAUCCCUCCGAAUGCUGGAUCAAGUAUGACAACUCAUCGAAUACGAUGCUUGAAGCCGCAUUUCAAAAUCAAGGUGGAGAAGGCACAUGUGACUUGGGAAAUGGCUAUGUGGUGGACUUUCUCGAGAACAAACAGACAAAGCAGUCAACAGGAUAUGUUCGCGAGGUGCAGAGGACUGUAAAUGUGAAGUCUGCUUUGGAGAGCCGCAAGGUAUGGUGCUGGAAAGAGACACAAGGACAAAUGGGAAAGCACAGCCCGUCUUCGAUUGUUGGUGAUCCCUCGGAAUGCUGGAUCAAGUAUGACAACUCAUCGAAUACAAUGCUUGAAACCGCAUUCAGAAAUCAAGGUGGUGAAGGCACAUGUGACUUGGGGAAUGGAUACGUGGUGGACUUUCUCGAGAAUAAACAGACAAAAACGGCAACAGGAUAUGUACGCGAGGUGCAGAGGAUGGCAAAUGUGAAGUGUGCUAUGGAUGACCCAAAGGUAUGGUGCUGGCAAGAGACACAAGGGCACAUGGGAAAGCAUAGCGCAUCUGCCAUUUAUGGAAACCCAUCCGACUGCUGGAUCAAAUACGACGAUAAGGCAAAUUCUAUUUUGGAGUCGGCAUACCAGGCUAAUGGCAGCAAUGGCGAAAUUUCUCCUAGCGAUGGAUACAUGGUAAACUUCACCACCAUGAAGCAAACCAAGAUUGCCACAGGCUUUGUGCGUACGGUGCGACGAGUCGAUGCAAAUGAUCAGGCAGCCAAUGCCACUUCGACUACGUAUUGGACUUCAAUAUAUGGAUCCGCUCCUGAUGGCUCCCCCGCAUUUAUCAGCAUGUCUCCAAAAUCCACAAGUAGGGGUAUCAAUGCCAAUCCAUUCAGGCAGAACUACAUAUUCGGUAGAAAUGGCAACCGAACAGGAUACUUUCAUAUUACCACAAAGGAGGCCUACGAGAUUUUGGCAAAGAGGAUUAUGGCUCGCAUCAAAGCGAAGAAUAGUGAUAUUGCUAUGGCAACAUGCUGCGGCCUUUUUACCGCACCAAAGAAAAUGGAGGACGAUCUUGAAAAAUUGGUAACCGCAGAGUCAAUCAUAAAGGCUCGAGCAAGAGCAGUCAACCCAACUGGAAAGGAAGGACUGCCCGCAAAGUACACGAACAACCGUCAGGUUUCCAACAAACACUACAGUGAUGCUGGAAUUUGGUAUUUCCCCACGGAAUACUACGCCUGUGGUGGGAUGUGUGGUGGCGGGGCAGCUCGUGGCGCUGGAGGAUGUGGCGCGUCUGGCUGUGGGGCUGCCGCAUGUGGUGCCGCAGCAUGUGGUGGUGGUGGAGGAGAAAACCCAAUUUUGAAUCUCUCAUCACAGGCUGUGGAGGAGGAGGAGGGGGAGGAGGAUGUGGCGGCGGCGGCGGCUGCUAGAUGUGUUUCGUGA